AUGUUGUCAGGUUUUAUAGGGGCUAAGGUAUAAAGGAGUGUUUUAUUGUGGAGCAUGCCUGGGCAUGUCUGAUCAGAUUUGCUUUAUGAAGCUGCGCGUGGCAACCCAGCAGUUAUCCGAGCGAUUCAGGAUCGAGGACAGCAGCAGACACACACGAAUGCGAAAAUCAGCAGCUUCCGACCAUGCCUCUGGCCAAAGAUCUACUCAACCCGUCCUUUGAUUUUGAAAGAAGGCAGCAUAAGAAGAAAAGGCUUGUGCAAAGUCCCAACUCGUACUUCAUGGAUGUAAAAUGUCCAGGUUGUUAUAAGAUCACAACUGUGUUCAGUCAUGCGCAGACGGUUGUGUUGUGUGUUGGGUGUUCAACAGUGCUUUGCCAGCCAACAGGAGGAAAAGCGAGGCUGACUGAGGGUUGCUCUUUCAGAAGAAAGCAACACUGAGAAGGAUGAAGAAGGAAUGAUGCUUUGAAUACAAAGAAAUUGUGCAACUUCUUAAUGCCUUACUUUUUCAUUGAUUACAAUGAAUGAACUUUAAAUGUGAUUAUGAAUGAUACAUGGCAGGUUCUUUCUACCAUGUUAUCGGUUCAGUGGUUCUGAAUAAAGAUUCUUCUGCAUGAUACAA